AUGUGCAUCUACUGGACCUGCAAAUACACACUGUGUGGCUGUAUAUGGGACAUGGACCCAUCGAAAUGCCCCGACAAACGCCUGUGCUGGGGUCCAAGAAUGAUAACACUCGAAUCUCACACAGCGACAUGCGCAGACUGCUGGGCGAGAGGGGACAAGCGGGUCUACGAAGCACAGAUAUAUGACGAAGCUAACAGAGACGGAGAACCAUGCAAAUCGGCGACAUUUGACUGCGAAAGCGAUGCAGAUGGGAGUGGCAAUAGUUCCGAUGAUGACGAGGACUAUUUCUCAGCUGAAGAGUUCCUGUCGACAUCUCCAUACAUGCGACCAACGACCCCGCAACUAUACUAUGAGGUACAUUCGGAGCUGUGUCCCAUAUCUGAGGAUAACGAGUUCGACUUGACCAGGGCUUGUGACCCGGUGGAUCCUGCGUCGAUGCGGAGGGAUUAUCGAGCGAGGCGCCGCAACAUGAACUCAUCCCAGUACUCGUCGGAUGGUGCGGAUUCUUUUGUUUCUUGCGAAGAAUAUCUCGAUGAAGAAAUUCCCGAUGAGGAAGACUUCAGUUCUGGGAAUGAAGAUGAUGAUGUCUACUAUAGCAUUGUGGGUCCCAAUGUUAGGCCCAAAGGCCUGAUCAAAAGCUUGGAGGACAGAUCGUUGCGUUCAUAUGGCUCAGUGCAGCAUUACUACCCAACAGAAGAGUAG